UGAGGCGCGCUCGUCCGAGACGCGCAGCCCGCAACCUCGUUGCGGUGGGUGCCCCAGCGUGUAGUGGCGGCGGCCCAGUGGCUGACUGCCCCCUCACCCCGCCGGGCUCCCCUGAGCGCCUCGGCCUCCUCGCGCCGCGCCGCGGGCGCGGGCUCCUGAGAAGCGUGGCGAGGUCCCGGGCCUGUGGCGGUUCGGGGGCGAGAGCGGAGGUGGCAGUCCCGUGAGCCGCAGGAAUGGGCGCGGGGGCGCCGCCCCCAAGUGACGCGGAGAACUGGGGUAUCUUUCAGGAUUAGGAACUCACCGGCUCAACUGAGAAAGCAUUACCAUGCCAGGUAAAGGGAAAAGAAAAGGCCGAGGCAAGUCCCAUGGGAAAAAGCAGAAGAAACCGGAAGUGGACAUCUUCAGCCCUGCCGCGAUGCUGAACCUCUACUACAUCGUCCACAACGUCGCUGGCUGCCUGCACCUGCGCGGCUUCCGCUGGCCAGGCGCUACCAAGUCAAAGAAGGGGGAAAACAAGACUUAAGCCAGAGCGUUUCCCAGCUUCUCUCUACUACAGAGGACAGAACUUGGGGAAGAGAAAUCAGGAUAAUACCACUGUUGCAAGCAAAAUAGACUUUACUGAAGACAAUUUGAGAUGCAAGCUAAGUGUGCUUUUCAGUGGUAGUUAAUGCUAAAUGCAUUUUACUUCCUCAGCUAAACCCGGGUAUGGUGAGCCACUUUGGUUUUUCAGUAGUUAAGAGGGGGAAAAAAAGUCCGAGUAAUUCCCACAUGGUGGUGGAAUUGAUAGGACUGUAAAAAAUUAUUAUAAGUCUGGGUCAGAAUUAAACCUCGCUCUCCAAAGGCAGUUCUAGCUUGCAUGAGUUGUUUUCUUUUACCAAAGGGGGUCUGUUAUUUAGAGAAGACAUGGCAAAAAGCACAGAAUUUGCUUAUGUGUCCCUCUUUUGGGCACAGUUUCCUUUCCUCAUCUUUUUCUGGAAAAAUAAUAAAUAUUUUGUUUUUAUAAUUUU